AUGUCGUUAAUUUUUGAAAAGCUAUGUAAAAAUUUAUUGCUUGAACAUUUUGGAUUAAUUAUUCAAACUGUUGCUAGUGAUAUGUUUCAACAUGGACCAAGAACAUUAAAUCAAAUGAAAGUGACAACAAAACAUCCUAUAUCAAAAAUUAAAGAAUCAUUAUGUGUACUUAUAAAAUUUGGUUAUGUUGUAUAUGAACAAACUGAUCGUGGUAUAGUUUAUACAUUGGAUGUUGAGAAAGUUAUAACAAUUUUGAGAUAUCCAAGAUACAUGUAUUUUGUAAAAACAUUUUGUGGAGACGAAGCAGAAAUGAUGUUGGAAGAUGUCCUGAAAAAUGGUUAUGAAAGAGCUUCACAAAUAAUAGUUAAAACUUAUCAAAGACUCGAACAAUUUCCACCCGAAAGAAGAUCAACUGUACCAGUUUUAAAAGAGAAAUUUGAUUUAUUAGUUAAAAAUCAAUUUUUAAUGCGCAGUCUUUGUUCUAAUACUUUAAGCGAUGUUCCAACUGAUAAACCAGAUUUCAAUAUGCCAUCACUUAACGUUAAAGCUCUUACAAGACUAAUUCAAGGUAAUGAAGUAGAUGCAGGAGAUAAUAAUAUAUAUUGGAAAAUAAAUAAUGAUAGAUUUACACAAGAUCUAAGAGAUCAAAUUCUUGUAAAGUCAAUAGCUAAAAGAAUAGAUGAUAAUGCUGGGGAAUUGAUGAGACAACUUUUGUAUCUUAUGUAUUUACGGACUGCAUCCUGGGCUGAUACUUCAAUUCCCAUACCAGUAACUGAAAUAAAAGAAGCUAUGAAGAAGAACUUUCCAUCAAUUUUACCAUAUCUUGACCAAUAUCUACGAAUUAUAGAAGAAGAUUCAAGUAAAUUUAUAGAGCGAGUUGGUGAUUCUGGUGGGGGACAGUAUAGUGUUAAUAUGAAAGAAGCAUUUCAUCAAUUAACUUGGGUAGUAUUAGAAAAUAUAGUAAUGGAAAGAUUUGGUUUAAAAGCAGCAAGAAUUUUCAGAUUGGUGCAUCGACACAAGUACAUUGAACAAGAGAAAAUUCAACAAAUAGCAAUGAUUCCAGCAAAGGAAGCAAAACAUUUAACAUAUACUCUUUUAGAAGAAAAUUAUUUGCAAAUUCAAGAAUUAAAAAAACCAGGAUUAUCUACUGCACCAACAAAAAUAUUUUUUCUAUUUCAUAUUGAUCUUAAUCAAGUAGCAAGAAUGACAAUUGAACAUUGUUAUCAUGCACUUUACAAUAUUAUUCAAAGAAGAGACUAUGAAAUAAAUAGUAAUAAACGAAUGAUUGAUAAACAGUUACGAAUGCAAACAUUGACUAGCAAUAUGAAGGAACACGGGGCGACUGAAGAACAAUUAGCAGAAAUUGCAGAAAUGAUGACUCCAUCGGAAAAGCUUCAAUUGGAGAAAGUACAAGAAAGAAUUAAAAAAUUAGGGGCUAAUGAAUUUUCUAUAGAUGAAACCUUAUUCAUAUUACAAAUGUAUAUACGUUAUCAUAGAUGA